CCGCCAAGCUGCAGUCUCGCGCGGAGGCUAGUCCGCCUCUCGCCGCCUUCGUGUUUCAUACUCAUAUUCCUAUAGUCCGAUUCGUUUCCUUUAUUAUCGUCUCCUUUGACCACGUGGUCGAGACAUUUGAAAGAGUUGUAGGGAAGGAAAAGAACAUCAAAGCCAUCUAUAAAGAUGUGACGUUAGAUGAAUAUUUUGAGAAGAGGGGUGGGGGUACGUUCCCUGCAGCAAAAGAAGCGCCUGAAGGGGAUGGCAUCAUUAAACGGGAUAUGACAAUGCUCAAGGAAAUCCAUCCUGGGCUUUUAUCUUUGGAGGCAUGGAUGAAAGAGGUCGACUAUGAUGGAACGGGGAAGCCUUUGCUCAAGAAUCUCGAUCAUCUCAACGGAAAGA